AUGAAUAUAGAAUUGGCACUAUGUACAACUGUUCCAUGUAAACGUGGUCGUUGUAUAUCAACAGAUAACAUCACUUAUGAAUGUGAAUGUCAACCAGGAUGGCGUGGUCAUAAUUGUGAAGAGAAUAUUGAUUAUUGCCUAAUCAAUACAUGUUUAAAUGGUGGAACAUGUCAAGAUUUAGAUGGUCCUGGUUUCCAGUGUUUAUGCCCACCUGGUUUCAAAGGAUCUAAUUGUCAAUUAAGUUCAGCAUGUAGUAAUUCACAAUGUGUUCAUGUAGUCAAUUGUAGACAAUUGAUACAACCAGUACAUGGAAUUGAUUAUGAAUGUAUGUGUCAACCUGGUAGGACAGGACAAUUUUGUGAUCAAAUAUAUACUACUACUACUACUACUACUACUACUACUACUACUACUACUACUACUACUACUACUACUACUACUACUACUACUACUACUACUACUACUACUACUACUACUACUACUACUACUACUACUACUACUACUACUACUACUACUACUACUACUACUACUACUACUACUACUACUACUACUACUACUACUACUACUACUACUACUACUACUACUACUACUACUACUACUACUACUACUACUACUACUACUACUACUACUACUACUACUACUACUACUACUACUACAAUUACUACUGCUUAUAAUAAUGAUAAUGAUUUUAUUGUGGAAAUGGGUGAAAAAAUAGGGCGGGGGGAUUUUUGUGGUUAUUGGUCAUGUUUACAAGUAAUUGAAAAAAAUGAUCGUUUUGCUUGUAAAUCAAAUGAAGUUUAUCAUAUUAUAUCAUCUAGUUUAAAUGAUGAAUGUUUUAUACCACCAUGUUAUUUACCUAGAAAUUUAUCUAAAGAAGCUUAUUUAGCUGCAUCAACUAAUUUAAAAUUACGUAAAGACAAUUUAAAAUUAUUCAAUAAUGGAAGUGACAAUAAUAAUGAAUAUGCCAAUAAUGACAGUAACCAUGAUGAUGAUGAUGAGGAGGAGGAGGAGGAGGAAGAGGAGGGUAUACCGUUACCACCGAUAUCUAUGAUUUUAGGCACUGAUCAAUUGGAUAAUUAUUGGCAUGGAGUUCUAUUUAGUAUAAUUGAAAUUCAAGUUGAUACAGUAGUUGUAAAUCAAAAUGAUUUUGAUUCGAAAAGAUUUUCAUCAUCACAAUUUCAUAAUAAUAUAAAUGGAAGGAGGAUAUUAGUUCACAAUGAUAAUAGUAAUAAUAAUGAUAAUAUCACUAGUAUUAUUCCACAACGAGUCUGUACAGUCAAUACAAAUCGAGUAAAUAUGAAUCAAUACAGUGGACCAGUUAUGAUUUAA